AUGGAAAUCAAAUGGCUUUCAAUUCUCAUAACCACCACCAUCUUCAUCAUCACAAUCUUCAAACUCAUCCGCCAUGCCCGCUCCUUGAAGAACCUUCCACCAGGGCCAUCACCUCUCCCAUUUCUUGGCAACAUCCUCUUACUCCGUAAACACUCUUCUUCAUUCUUCUCUCUCCUUCACACCCUCCAUCUUCAGUACGGCCCCAUCUUCACCCUCCACUUCGCCUCUCGCCCUGUCAUCUUCAUCGCCGGCCAUUCCCUCGCCCACCAAGCUCUCCUUCACCACGGCGCCGCCUUUGCCGACCGCCCCCCUCCCUCCACCACCACCAAAAUUCUCUACAGCAACCAUAUCACCAUCUUCACCGCCUUCCACGGCCCUAAUUGGAACCUCCUCCGCCGUAACCUCAUCUCUGAAAUCCUCCACCCUUCUCGCCUGAAACUCCACUCCGACGCUCGCCGGUGGAGCCUACUCUCGCUUGUCUCCCGCUUGAAAUUGCAUUCCCAGGGUGGCACAGCCGCUGUUUGCUUUGUGGAUCAUUUUUGGCCCACGAUGAUGGAGUUAUCGGUGUUUAUGUGUUUUGGGUUGAAGAUUGAAGAGGAUCGAAUCAAAGCCCUAGCCGAUGUCCUCCAUCGCGUUCUAUUGUAUUCGAGUAGCCAAAACAAACUGAAUCAAUAUCCAUUAAAAUUGGGAAAAUUCAUCCAUCCUAAUCUAUGGAAAGAACUCUCAACACUUCGAGACGAACUCGAAACUGCAAUAAUUCCUCUAAUUGAAGCUCGAUUCAACAAUAGACAAGGCGAAAUAGAACAAAGGAAGAACGAGUUUGAAUCAGAAUCAGAAACAAAAUCAGAACAAAUUUUGCCAUAUCUUGAUACAUUGAUAAACCUACACUUACCAGAAGAGGAUCGGAAGCUUGAAGAAGGUGAAAUCAUCAGCCUAUGCGCGGAAUUUCUGAAUGGAAUCGUCCAUUCCACUGUAGUGGUGAUGGAAUGGGCAAUGGCAAACAUCGUAAAAUAUCCAGAAAUCCAAGAGAAGCUAUGGAGAGAGAUGAAUCAAGUAAUGAAUAUAACAUCAUCGAAAGAACUCAUAACAGAGGAGGAUCUAAAGAAAUUGCCGUACCUGAAAGCGGUGAUAAUGGAAACGUUGAGGCGGCAUCCGCCAGGGCAUUUGGCUCUACCACACUUGGUGACUGAGGAGGUGGUGUUGGACGGGAAAUUUGUGGUGCCGGAAAAGACGACGGUGCAUUUUUCGGCAGCGGAGAUGGCGAGGAAUGGGAAGGUGUGGGAGGAGCCGAUGGAGUUCAGGGCGGAGAGGUUCUUGAGGAAAGAGGAAGAGGAAGGGGAAGAGGAGAUUUUAACGGGGAAGAAGGAGAUUAGGUUUAUGCCAUUUGGAGGAGGGAGAAGAAUCUGCCCUGGGAUUGGGAUUUCGAUGCUUCAUUUACAGUAUUUUGUGGGGAAUUUGGUAUGGUUGUUGAAAUGGGACGCCAUUGGUGAAGUUGAUCUUGAGGAAAAACUUGAAGUUUCCAUUGUCAUGAAGACGCCAUUGGAGGCUCGCAUUACAGCUCGCUAA